CUUCCUCCAAGGGGCCUCCUUAACAGCUGUCCUGCCGGCGUCGCCAGCUGCCCAGCCAGUUCCUGUCCCUUUCGGAGCCCGCGCUCACCCCGCCUGACGCUCCUAGAGUCUGUCCUUCUGCCGGGUCCCAGGCCCACCGCUGGAGGAAUGGAGUUCUCGGAGCUGAUCCGUACGGGCCAGGCCCAAGCCGAGCUCCUGCGGGGCCCGGAGAUGCCCCCGCUGCGCGGCACGCUUUGCGUCACCGGCCACCACCUGCUGCUGUCGCCAGGACCCCAGGCGACUCCAGACCUGUGGCUGCUGCUGUUGCGUAGUGUCGACUCCAUCGAGAAGCGAGGUCAGGGGACAUUAAGCCUAAGUUUAUCCAUCCCCAGGGUCGCGGGUGACGCCGGCACCAUCACGCUGCGCUGUAAGGACCUGCGAGUGCUGCAGCUGGACAUAGAGGGCGUGGAAGCGACGCUGGACAUCGCCCGCUCCAUUGAGGCGCUGUCCUCCCUGGAAUCGGUCAUCACCUCCUUUCCGUUCUUCUACCGUCCUAAGGGCUUGAGAUUGGGCGAAGCCUGGCACUUCCACCCACCAGAACGCUACUACAAGCGAAUAGCUCGCGAGACCAGAGCGUGGCGGCUGAGCGAGGCGAACGAGGACUUCAGCUUGUGCCCCAGUUACCCCCGCGCGGUAAUCGUGCCUCGCGCCGUGGACGACGAUGCCCUGGCGCGCAGCGCCCGCUUCCGCCAGGGAGGCCGCUUCCCUGUGCUCAGCUACUACCACGCUCCCCGCGGAACCGUGCUCCUACGUUCCAGCCAGCCCCUGACCGGGCCCCAGAAGCUGCGUUGCGCUGAGGACGAGGAGCUGCUGCGAGCUGUGCUGGCGGAGGCUCGCCCGGGGGCCCGGGGCUUCAUCGUGGACACGCGCUCGGCCCAGGCCGCCAAACAGGCCCGCAUGACUGGCGGCGGCACCGAGGCCAAGGCCGCCUACCCGGGCUGGAAACGGCUGCACCGGCCCCUGGAGAGGGGGCGGCCCUUACAGGAGAGCUUCGUGCGCCUGAUGGAAGCCUGUGGGGACCCGGAGCAGAGCAUGGACCGCUGGCUUAGUCGACUAGAUGGCUGCCGCUGGCUGUCACAUGUGAAGGAGGCACUAAGCACAGCCUGCCUAGCAGCCCAGGGCAUGGAGUGGGAAGGGGCCUGCAUCCUGGUGCAUGGGGCCGAAGGCACGGACAGCACCCUGCUAGUGACUUCACUGGCCCAACUCAUCCUAGACCCCUUGAGCCGAACCAUGGCUGGAUUCCAGGAACUGAUAGAGCGAGAGUGGAUCCAGGCCGGCCACCCCUUCCAGCUGCGCUGUGCUCACUCGGCCUUCUCCCACACCCGCCCCAAGCACGAGGCACCCAUCUUUCUCCUCUUCCUGGAUUGCGUGUGGCAGCUGGGCCGCCAGUUCCCGCUGUCGCUGGAGUUUGGGGAGGGGAUGCUGUUGGCGCUGUUUGAUCACUCCUAUGCCUCCCCUUUCGGCACCUUCCUCUGCAACAGUGAAAAGGAGAGAUGCCUGUGUGAAGUGAGAACUCGAACACACUCCUUGUGGUCUGGGCUCAAUCAGCCAAAAGAGCAACGAAAACUCCGGAACCCGCUCUACGUCCCCAAUCCCUUGGCCAUCUGGCCCUCUGUGGAGCCCCAGAGCCUGCGACUGUGGCAAGGCCUGUUUCUGCGCUGGACCCAUCCACCUGAGCCUUCAGAGGUAGCAUGGGAGAAGGUGUGGCAAAUAGCAACAGAUCAGAAGACAGAAGGCUCUCAGCCAACAGAUUCAGCCUCUGAGCCCCAACCCUAAGUAUUGGUCCUUGGAUGGUGGUUGAGAUGUUCCUGAAACUUCUCCAGGCCCCUCAGCACCUUUGGACCUUGAAUGACGGUGCCUGCAACCCAGCCUAGCCCAUAAUACUGAAGUUCCAGGUUUGAAGUGUCCAAAGUGUAGGGAGAAGGUCCAAAUAAUAAAGUACGCGGGCCUCUCACUGUCGUUGGCCUCUCCCGCUGCGGAGCACAGGCUCCGGAUGCGCAGUCUCAGCAGCGCUCCGCGCGGCAUGUAGAAUCUUCCCGGACCGGGGCACGAACCCGUGUCCCCUGCAUCGGCAGGCGGACUCUCAACCACUGCGCCACCAGGGAAGCCCAAGUCAUUUAUUUAAUCUGCACAGUUUUAUGAGAAAACAAGAUUAUUAAAAGCCCUGAGGGCAGACUUCCCUGGUGGCCCAGUGGUUAAGAAACUGCCUGCCAAUGCAGGGGACACGGUUCACGCCCUAGUCCAGGAAGAUCCCACAUGCCUUGGAGCAACGAAGCUUGUGCACCACAACUACUGAGCCUGCGCUCUAGAGCCCGUGAGCCACAACUAAUGAGCCCACGUGCCACAACUACUGAAGCCCAAGCGCCUAGAGCCCGUGCUCCACAACAAAGAGGAGCCACUGCAAUGAGAAGCCCGCGCACCACAACAAAGAGUAGCCCCCGCUCUCCACAGGUAGAGAAAGCCCAUGCGCAGCAACGAAGACCCGACGCAGCCAAAAAUAAAUAAAUAAAAUUAAUUAAUUAAAAAAAAAAGCCCCCAGGGGUAAUUCCCUGGCGAUCCAGUGGUUAGGACUCGGCCUCUCACUGGCAUUGUCACUGCCGAUCCCUGGUCCGGGAACUAACAUCCCACAAGCUGCAUGGCAUGGCCAAAAAAAAAAAAAAAAAAAGCCCUCCGGGUCAAGGGCCACUGUAAGGAUACUGGGACUGGGUCUUAACUGACUUUGAAUGACAGGCACCUGGCCUGUGCUCUGUAAACAUUUGUUACAUGAUUAAAAGGCCUCAAGCAUUAGGCCUCAAACAGAGA